AUGUCCCGAUCACGGGUGAUCGCCGAAUUGCUCGAAGCCAGAGUGAUCCAGGAGAAUGCACCGGAUGCGGUCAAGUCAGGGGAUAUCAAGAAUCAUUUUGGCCGCAAGGUCGCCAUAGAUGCGUCUAUGAGCAUUUACAGCUUCCUCAUCGCCGUCCGUUCCGAAGGCCAACAGCUCAUGAGCGAGAGCGGCGAGACAACGUCGCAUCUGAUGGGCAUGUUCUACCGUACCCUGCGCAUGGUCGACAACGGAAUCAAACCUCUCUACGUCUUCGAUGGAGCUCCGCCCAAACUCAAGUCCGGCGAGUUGGCGAAGCGUACUGCCCGGAAAGCCGAGGCCACUGAGGCCCACGAGGAGGCCAAGGAGACAGGUACCGCGGAAGAGAUCGAGAAGUUCUCGCGCCGCACAGUACGGGUCACAAGAGAGCACAAUGCGGAAUGCAAAAAGCUUUUGAAGUUGAUGGGAGUCCCGUACAUCGAUGCCCCGACAGAAGCAGAGGCACAAUGUGCAGUGCUGGCGCGAGCAGGAAAGGUUUACGCUGCUGCCUCUGAGGACAUGGAUACCCUGUGUUUCGAGGCGCCGAUCCUUCUCAGACAUCUUACAUUCAGUGAACAGAGAAAAGAGCCCAUUCAGGAAAUCCAUCUGAAUCGUGUGCUCGAGGGACUUGACAUGGAUCGCUCUCAGUUCAUCGAUAUGUGCAUUCUUCUUGGGUGUGAUUAUUUGGAGCCAAUUCCCAAGGUCGGGCCAAACACCGCCUUGAAACUAAUUCGGGAGCAUGGAAGCCUAGAAAAGGUCGUUGAGGCCAUUGAGAGCGACCCUAAGAAGAAGUACGUGAUUCCGGAAGACUGGCCCUACCAGGAUGCAAGAGAAUUGUUCCAUCAUCCGGAUGUGAGGGCAGCCGAUCACCCCGAAUGUGACUUCAAGUGGGAGGCUCCCGAUAUUGAAGCUCUGGUGGACUUUCUAGUCAAAGACAAGGGUUUCAAUGAGGACCGAGUGCGCAACGGAGCAGCUCGGCUACAAAAGAACCUAAAGACAGCUCAACAAUCACGGCUGGAAGGGUUCUUCAAACCAGUUGCCAAAACAGAUGCAGAGAAGGCAAGUCUCAAGCGCAAACAUGAUGAGAAGCUGCAGGAGCAAAAGAAGCGCAAGAAGGAAGAGGCUAAGGCGAAGAAGGAGGCCAAGGCAAAGCCUCGCGGUGCAGCAUAG